UCCUCCACACUACUGCCUGCUUGCUACCUGCCUCCCACCACUGCCACCACCCCCAACCAUCUCAACUCCGUCUCACUCUCGAUCACUUGCCAGCCAUGGCCGUGAACGACACCAAGCUGGCCGACGCCGAGAACCCGGGCGCGAUGUGCCGCGGCGGCGGCGGCGGCAUCGACUCCGACUCCGACGUGGACUUCGCGGGCCGCGCCAACUGGCUGCGCGCGGCGGUGCUGGGCGCCAACGACGGGCUGGUGUCCACCGCGUCGCUGAUGCUGGGCGUGGGCGCGGUGAAGCACGAGGUGCGGGCCAUGGUGAUCUCCGGGUUCGCGGGCCUGCUGGCGGGGGCCUGCAGCAUGGCCAUCGGGGAGUUCGUGUCCGUCUGCUCCCAGCGCGACGUGGAGAUCGCGCAGCUCGACCGCGACGGCAAGCGCGGCGGCGACGAGGAGAGGGCGCUGCCCAGCCCCGUCCAGGCCGCGGCGGCCUCGGCCCUCGCCUUCUCCGUCGGCGCCCUCCUGCCGCUGCUGGCGGCGGGCUUCAUCGUCGGGUACAAGCUGCGGGUGGCCGUGGUGGUGGCCGUGGCGACGCUGGCGCUGGCGGCGUUCGGGGUCGUCGGCGCCGUGCUGGGGAGGGCGCCCGUGGUGAGGUCCUCCGCCCGGGUCGUCGUCGGCGGGCUGGCCGCCAUGGGGCUCACCUUCGGCCUCAUGCGGCUCUUCCGGGCCAGCGGCAUAUGACGUGCGAUCGGUGGACGAGGUUUUUUUGUUGCCGUCAUCGAUCGUCGUCUCGUCCAUGCUUUCCUCGUGAUCCUACCUACGUACGUGGUGCCAACGCCUUCUUCCCCGGCCGGCUGAUGGCCUGACGUCCGCGCAUGGAAUGUGCAUGCCCGGCCGUGCGUCUCUUCCCUAGUUAAUUCUCUGCUUCUCUCUCUCUCUCUCUCUCUCUCUCUCUCUCUCUC